UUGAUCCUUACCAUUAACGCCUAAUCGAGCCAACAGCCACUGGCGGUAUCAACAGGAAUGAAGCCUCCACUACUAGUCUUCGCUCCUAAAGAAGACACAGAUAUCAUUCUCCGAAAGCCCAAUUUCCGCAGCCACCCAGAACCGUUGCCUGAAGCGGCUGAUCCGGAUGCCACCGAGGAAGAGAAUGAGGACGAGAAAGGCAAGCAUAAAGAGCAAGAUGACCAAAAAGAGCUCGAACGACCUGCUUCAGAGGAGUUCAAGGACGUUACAUCUUCGAUACAGAGCCGUGGUGAUCUGAAGAACCUGAAACCAUUUUACGAGCACGAUGCUUGCGUCACCCGGCUUCAAGGCGAUGCUCGAUGGCCCAUUCAAAGAGAGCUGUCGCAACCAGUAUGGGCGCUUUGAAGCCAAGGCUUUUGAGUAUAGCGCCGAAGCGCUGCUCAUCUUACUAGACAUCAUGCAUGGGCACCACAGACGUGUCCCAAAGACCAUGGAGCUUAGUCUAUUGACGGAGAUAGCUAUACUUGUUGACUACUACAUGUGCCAUGAGAUCGUGGAGAUGUUUGCUGAGAACUGGAUCGCCUCUGUCAUCCAGGAAGAUGAGAUAGAAGGAUCUGAUUGCCAGGCGAAUAUAUCUCGGCUCUUCAUCAGUUGGGUCUUUGAGAAGACCGAGUUGUUCAACUCUAUUGUUUAUUCAAUUCUUAAAUUGGCCGCCAGGCCGAUACGAACAGACCUACCACUCCCUAGUACCAUUUUGGACUCACUAGAACAACGCAGACAGAGUCUCACGCAAAGGUUCCUGGACAAUCUUUACGGGCUACUCGAUUCGUUCUGGAGCAGUGACGGUGGCUGUCACACGGAGUGUACCGCCAUGAUGCUGGGGAUGCUAAUAAAGCAGAUGCUCAGCUUCGGCUUGGAGGUCCCGAGCCCUAUGGGCCGUCCUGCUGAAGAAAAGAGCUUUUUGCACCUAAAAGAGUUCUCUACUCAACUCAGAUCGCCAAGGUGGCACGAGGAUGGUUAUUCUUAUAGUCAUAAUUGUUCUUUUAAAAACAAAACGGAUCCCUGGUUGAAAACAAUAUCCAAAGUCGAUAUCUGCCAUGGUGUUAGAUUGGAGGAUUUCAAGCCGGGGGCUGUCGGCCCAAAGAAGAAAAUCAAAAAGCGCGAUCGUGGCAAAUAU